GCGGGGCGGCGGGCGGGGCGGAGAGGGGGCGGCCGCCCCGCGGAUCGCGGAUGAGCGGCGCGGCCCGGCGGAGCCGCCUGACGGAGCGGCGCGGAGGUUGCCCGGUCACUAUGAACAAUGGCCCAGCUAUACUACAAAAAGGUGAAUUACUCCCCGUACAGAGACCGGAUCCCGCUGCAGAUCGUGCGGGCGGAGGCGGAGCUGUCGGCGGAGGAGAAGGCCUACCUCAGCGCCGUGGAGAAGGGGGACUACGCCAGCGUCAAGCACGCCCUGCAGGAGGCAGAGAUCUACUACAACAUCAACAUUAACUGCAUGGAUCCUCUCGGCCGCAGCGCCCUCCUCAUAGCCAUAGAGAACGAGAACCUGGAGAUCAUGGAGCUGCUGCUGAGCCACAGCGUGUACGUGGGCGACGCGCUGCUCUACGCGAUACGCAAGGAGGUGGUGGGAGCUGUGGAGCUGCUGCUGAAUUACAGGAAGCCCAGUGGUGAAAAACAGGUUCCAACCUUGAUGAUGGACACCCAGUUUUCAGAAUUCACUCCAGACAUCACGCCCAUAAUGCUGGCUGCCCACACUAACAACUACGAGAUCAUCAAACUGCUUGUCCAAAGACGGGUAACGAUUCCACGCCCACACCAGAUCAGAUGCAACUGUGUGGAAUGUGUCUCCAGCUCGGAGGUGGACAGCCUGAGGCACUCCAGGUCGAGGCUGAACAUCUACAAAGCCUUAGCCAGCCCUUCAUUGAUUGCCUUAUCCAGUGAGGAUCCCAUUUUGACGGCCUUCCGGCUGGGCUGGGAGCUGAAGGAGUUGAGCAAAGUGGAAAAUGAGUUCAAGGCUGAGUACGAAGAACUUUCCCAGCAAUGCAAGCGGUUUGCUAAGGACCUUUUGGACCAAGCACGGAGCUCCCGAGAGCUGGAGAUCAUUCUCAACCACAGAGACGAUCAAAGUGAAGAGCUGGACCCCCAAAAAUGUCACGAUUUGGCAAAGCUAAAGGUAGCAAUAAAGUAUCACCAGAAGGAGUUUGUCGCUCAGCCAAACUGCCAGCAGCUACUAGCAACACUCUGGUACGAUGGUUUUCCAGGAUGGAGGCGGAAACACUGGGCAGUCAAACUCCUGACCUGUGUGACCAUCGGACUGCUGUUUCCCAUGCUGUCCGUGGCGUACCUGAUUGCACCGAAGAGCAGGCUGGGACUGUUCAUUAAAAAGCCAUUUAUAAAGUUUAUCUGCCACACCGGCUCUUACCUGACCUUCCUCUUCAUGCUCCUGCUGGCGUCGCAGCACAUCGUCAGGACUGACCUUCACAUGCAGGGACCCCCUCCCACCAUCGUGGAGUGGCUGAUCCUGCCCUGGGUUCUAGGUUUUAUCUGGGGAGAAAUCAAGGAAAUGUGGGAUGGUGGAUUCAAUGAGUACGUGCACGACUGGUGGAAUCUGAUGGAUUUUGCAAUGAACUCCCUUUAUCUCGCAACCAUCUCCCUUAAAAUUGUCGCCUAUGUCAAGUAUAAUGGUUCUCGCCCGAGGGAGGAGUGGGAAAUGUGGCACCCGACCCUCAUUGCAGAGGCCCUCUUUGCAAUAUCCAACAUUUUGAGUUCCUUGCGUCUCAUAUCCCUUUUUACAGCCAAUUCCCACCUGGGGCCCUUGCAGAUUUCUCUGGGACGCAUGCUGCUAGACAUCCUUAAAUUCCUUUUUAUCUACUGCCUGGUGCUCCUGGCUUUUGCAAACGGACUGAACCAGCUUUAUUUUUACUACGAGACCAGUGCCUCGGAGGAGCCCAACAACUGCAAGGGGAUCCGAUGUGAGAAACAGAACAAUGCCUUCUCCACACUUUUCGAGACCCUCCAGUCACUCUUCUGGUCUGUGUUUGGUCUGCUGAACCUCUACGUCACCAACGUGAAAGCCAGGCACGAAUUCACGGAAUUCGUUGGGGCCACUAUGUUUGGGACCUACAACGUCAUCUCCCUGGUUGUGCUGCUGAACAUGCUCAUAGCCAUGAUGAACAACUCCUACCAGCUCAUUGCUGACCACGCGGAUAUCGAAUGGAAGUUCGCGCGGACGAAGCUCUGGAUGAGUUACUUCGAUGAAGGUGCCACUCUGCCCCCUCCUUUCAACAUUGUCCCCAGCCCUAAAUCAGUCUGGUACCUUUGCAAGUGGAUCCACAACCAGCUGUGCCCAGGUGAUGAGUCUGACAGUGAACAGAAGAGGCAUGAAAACCUCAAAACGUUCACAGAACGGCACGCUGACAACCUGAUUCAGAAUCAACAUUACCAGGAAGUGAUAAGGAAUCUUGUGAAAAGAUACGUUGCAGCGAUGAUAAGGACUUCCAAAACCAACGAAGGUUUAACUGAAGAGAAUUUCAAGGAAUUAAAACAGGACAUCUCAAGUUUUCGCUACGAGGUUCUUGACCUCUUGGGAAACAGGAAGCCCCAGAGGAGGAGUUACUCCACCAGCAGCACAGAGGUGUCCCAGAAGGACGAAACAAAUGAGGAUGGUGCCGGAGAAAAACCCCGAGCCAAGAGCGUGUCUUUCAACGUAGCCAACAAAAAGAAGGACUUCAAUGUGUCUGCUCUCAUUAAAACCAUGUCUGGCAUCGACCUCGUGGAAGAGAAGCCAAAAAGCAACGGGAUCAGUAAGCGCUCCUUUGUCCGCAAUGGGAACAGAGUUCAGAGAUUGUCCAGCUCCAAGAAGGAAUCCUUCAAGAGACUGGGCCUGCUCUUCUCCAAGAUGAACGGACACGUACCUGAACCCAAUUCAGAACCCAUGUACACCAUUUCAGAUGGGAUUAUUCAGCCACACUACAUGUGGAAAGACAUUAAAUAUUCUCAGAUUGACCGAGAGAGGGAAGAGAAUUGUUCCAAAAGUGAAAUUAACCUCAAUGAGGUGGCCUACAGUGGGAACACGAGACUUACAGGGCAGAGCAAGGAAUGUCCUGUGGUUUGUGCCAGCUCCCUUCACUGUGCUUCCAGUAUUUGUUCCUCUAAUUCCAAACUUAUAGACUCGUCAGAGGAUGUGUUUGAUUCAUGGGGAGAGGCCUGUGACUUGUUUAUAAACCAGUGGAAAGAUGGACAGGAGGAUCACGUUACCACUCGGCUCUGAGUAAAACUAUCUUAACACUCACUGGAAAACCCACCCAAGAAUUGGUAAUUGUUUGCUCUCAUCUGAUUCAACAUUACUGUUCCCUUUCUGUCCACAGGUGAAAAAAAAAAAAAAAAAAGUGUAAACACACUUAUGUUAGCCUAUUUUAUAACCAUCUGCACAUUUUUUAAUUUAUUUUUUUACACUCGCUAAUACUAAACUCAAGGUUUCAGCGUUUAUAAGGUCAUUAUAAACCACAGGAAUACCUUCAGAUGUAGUCUUAGUCUUCAAACCCCACAGACUUCAGAUGCACUGGUGGCUGAGGAAAGGAUUUCUCCAGUGGUCCCAUCAUCAUUUGACCAUAGGUUGGGUUUCACUGCUGUCCAACACCAUUGGCUCAGUUUUCCUCAACAACACACCCAGCUGGUGAGCAGGAGGAUGAGAAUCACAUUUAAAAUCUUUCUUAAAAGGGUUUCAACUUACAGCUGGUGUUUUGUUUCCUUUAAGCAAUAUGACUUCUGAUUCAUUCAGUUGUGCGUGUUUUUUCAGGCCAUUAUUAUUAUAUUAACAUUGUAAAUUGUUAUUCAAUAUGAGACCCCCUUUGAUCAGCCAGCUGGAACACGUUAUUAUUUGCUUAUUUGCCUAAUUUCCCUUUUAGGGAGCAGAAAGACCUUCCAGUUAGGCUGACAGUGGCAACAAGCACCUGGCUUCACUACCAACUCCUCCGUAGAUGAACUGACCCCAAACCAGCCGUGGCUGCUUCAACUACAAACCUACACGUUUGUUUCUCUUAGGCUGAGCCAAAACCCAGCUCUAAGCCUUGCCCUUGUUUUGCAGUUCCUAAUCUCAUUUCCACCACUUGCAUUCACUUCUUGCUGGAUCUCUCUGAUGGAUGUCAGGCUUCAGGGAGGAACCCAUCCUCCCGGGAUAUGGCAAGUGCUGAGCGAGAUCAUCUUCCCUGGGCCUGGGAGCUGCACUGCUGAAAAGCAGCCUGAGCAGCAGUGGCUCAAACUGCAUCAGCAGCACGGAAUGGCUCUGCAGCUCCUCUUCUAAGGUGCAGCAGAAAGGAGAGUGGCAGGAGGUAGUAUCUUUUAUUCCCCCAGUUGUGGUAGUGGCUGGACAGGGCUCACCACUGUCACUGCUUUAGUUCCAAGGAGCAUCAGAGCAGGGAGGAGACAACCUCGUGAAGGGCAAAAUGGUUGAAUUGUUAACAGUGAUUUUUUGUGGUUAUUUCUUUUUUUUUUUUAAUUUUUAUUUUAUUUUUAACAAUGUGAUACUUGAACUUUCUUCUGCAGUGUUGCUAAGAGACACCACCACUUGAGAGCUGUUAUUAAUCAGCUGCUUUCUUGGAGGAACCGAGUGCUGACAAGGAGCUCAGGAAUGGCUUUGUGCCUGCCCUCCUGCGAGUCUGGGUUCCCAGGAGAGGUUAUGUGAGCUGCACCAUUUCCCAAGGGUGCCUGCCAAAAAAUCACCUCAUCUGUGCACUGAGUUGGGAAUUGCCUUUGGAAAAGAGUAAUGCCAGAAAAUCUACACCUGCCGCUGCAGGGGAGCAGAUUUUACCAGCAAGGGGCACCAGCAGCUCUUGUGGCAGCGUGGAGGGUCAGGAGGAGAGGGGUAAGGGAUGCUGGGUCACCUGCAGCUGGAUACUCUGCCCUGGUUUUAAACUCUGCUCCCUUCCUUUUGGGAAGCAAAACCAUCUUGUUGGGCUUUUCCUUUGGGCACCUGUGCAGCUUCAUGGAACAGGCCCAGUGGAGCCCAGAAAUCAGGCAGGAAUGUGAAUGUUCAGCCAGUUCCUGAAGCAGAGCUGCAGGUGCCAACACAUUGAACUCGUGGAGGCUUUAAAUAAAGACCUCAAAAUACAAUACAGCCCUGGUGUCAAGAAAAAUCAGCAACUAGGAGCAGGGACUCCAAAAUGUUUCUGUGUUCCUGGAGUAAAAUGACACCAGUCUUGUUAACAGCAGGCAGUGUAAAACCCAAAAUAUUUAAGUUUCUACUGAAGGCAGAGUGAAAGGCAUUUUGUAUCAACCCAUUUCAGGCUUUCUCGCUAAUUGCAGGGUUAGAGUUGUCUUUGAAAACUGCAUCUCCUCUUCCUUCAUGGAGGGCUGAGCAAAGUGACAUUGGUGCUACACAAGGAGACUUGCAAAAUCCAAGGGUCAGGAGCAGCUCGCUGAUCAUCCUGUGAGCAAAUCCAGCACUCCUGUCUUAGGAGCAAAUCCAUCAGUGCAGGGGAGCUGCAGGGAGGACCCACCACAAGUCAUGCAGCAGCUCACAAUUAAAGCCCCAGCGCUCAAUGAACCCAACCGAGCACAUCUCUGUGAAGAUGAACAGCAGCAGGAGCUGCUGCAGGGGCUUGAAGGAAAGGGUUUGAGUCCUUUGAUGCCUCACCUAACCACCCUGCAGGAUUAUGAAGUCUACUUGACGUAGGGGCAGCAAAUAUUUUUGGUAUGUCCUGUGUAAGGAGUAAGAAUGAAAACAAUUCAAGUACAGUUAUGCAGAUUAUAUCAAGAGGGCUUGAGAGCAGGCCAGAAACAGAGUUUGUAUCCCUGGACAGUGGAAAGCUUUAAGAACAAGCCCACAGCUACUGGUGAUGAUGAUGAUACUGUGCAGUUUAAAUGCAGCCCUGCAUUAACUGGUACAGACAAUAAAAUGAAAAGUGAUCAACUCUGCAGUGCUGCCCCCAAAAAUGUAAAAAUCCCUUCCAUGGGAACAGUGUGAGUCACGUUCUCCCCUGCUGUGUCCUGAAAGGGCAGGUGUCAGGAGGGAUAAAACUGUCUGCAAAACCCCUUGCAGUGCUGUGCUGAAGGGGGAAGAUCCCUCACUUGGCUGCUCAGCUGGGGCUCCCCCAGGGUUUUGUUUCUUGACUCAGAUCCUUCCUUGCUCCCAGCUAUGAGCGACUCUGAGCUGACUUUAAUUUAACACAAAUAAUUUGAUUUGGCUGUGAUUAAUGCAUGUGUCCAGGAGUUUGCAAAACUGUCAAACUGGUCCCCCAAAAGGCAGAAUUCUCUGUGAUUGCAUCUAUGCAUCCCCACUGGUAGCAAUAGACUUUAUAGCAGCUGGUGAAUUAUUGUUUUGCUAAAACAGGAGCUUCAGGGGAGGGAAAUUGAAGUGUCUUCUGCAAAACACAUUUGAUUAAAAAAAACCAAAACAACCCAGGUUUCGGUUAAUUCACUUGCAUUUGCAGUAUUUGAGAUUUCACCAGCGUUUUUCCAUUUUCAAUUGCUCAGAAAGAAAACAUGUUUUAGUGAAAGUUAUUCUUUCCCUCAGAGAAAUCAGUGAAUGACCACUGUGCUGUCCCCACAAGGAGCAGGGCAGGAGCCAAAGGGACAUUGAGUUUCUCCUAUGAGGAGUUCAACUUUUCCUUGGCUUGGGUUCAGGAUGCACAGCUGAGCUCCAACUGGUACCCACUUAGCCUUUAUUCUCUGGGUUUCAGGACUAAUCCAUAAAACAUGCAAAGAAUUUGGAAUUAGGAAUAAAGGAAAUCUCAACCACUUGCCCUUCUUUAGGUUUCUUGCUCUUGAAGUUGCAUUUUUCCUCACCUCCCAGCCUGAUGUCAUUUUCAUUGGCUUUUUAAAGCAGCACAGAUGCAAAUGGUGGUGGAAUCCUGGAGUGGUUUGGGUUGGAAGGGACCUUAAUGAUGUUCUUGUUCCAACUCCCCUGCCAUGGGCACGGACACCUUUCACUAGGCCAGGUUGCUCUGAGCCCUGUCCAACCUGGCCAUGAACAUUCCCCCAGGGAUGGGGAUCAUCAUCACCAAAUAAAAAGUCAACAAAUACCACCCAGGGUUGAGAAUACCAAGCAGAGCUGUGAGAUGUCUGCACUCGGGUGAGAAAUCACGUAAACUGUUUCGGAAACAAGGCAUAACUGGCAGAUCUCUGCAGAUUGUUUGGAUAACUGCAUUUGUGCAUCACUCACUCAGUGGUACAUGUGUAAAUACUCGUGUUUCUGUGUCCCCACGUGUGCAGUGGGCAGAGCCAGGAGGGAGCAGGGUUAGCUGAGCUCUACUCCCCACCCUGCCACUGCCUCCCACCCGUGACCUUGGGCAAGUCACUCGGCCUCUCGAAUGCCUCAGUUUCCCCAGCUGUAAAAUAGGGAUAAUAAUACUUACCUACCUCGCAGGGGGGGUUUAGUUCAUUAUUUAUAAGCACUUUCAGAUCUUCAGAUUAAAGGCGCUAUAUACAGUCAGUAGUUAACACUCGUAGUGGUAGUCUGUACUUUUAUUUUCUUACAACUGAUUCAGGUUAGGAUUCAACUCUAUGUCUGUUAGGAUAGUUUUCCAUGUAGGGAACUAGCAUGGUUUCCCAUGAAGGGAGUUUAGGGGACUUCUGCAGUAGGACAGCAGGAGCAGCACACCCUGGAAGCCCAAAUUCUGACACCUUUGCUUUUGUUAUUUAUGUCUCACCCUUAACAUCACCUUCCUUUGUGUUUCAUCCUUUUUCCAACAGUCCACAUAACAUGAUUUUUAGCAGAAACAGCCACUGUACAUAUUAAAAAGAUUUAAAUAAAUAUAUUAAUGUACAAAUAUAAACCCUUAACUUUUCAAGGAGGUUCGGAUUGGUUGGUGCAACAGAAUUCUAAGCGUGGGGAGGUUCCACAGGCCCAGAACUGACACACGUGCACACCAGGACACUGGAGCAGGGCUGGAGGAAAAAUUCACCACAUCACCAUCAACCUUUCACUGGCAAGGGCAGCAAAUCACACGGGUGUUAGAGGAGGGCAGAGGGAGGCUGUCACUGGAGCAGGAUGUUCUGCCCCAGGAGAGGGUAAAGGCAGCUCCUGGACGCCAACCUCAGGUAGCAGAGUGUGGCCAACACAAAAAUCAUCCUGGGCAGCAGAUGACUUGUCUCCUGCAUCCCUACAAAGGGGCUUUUCCCCCAGAUCCCUCUGUACAAUUCAUUUUCUUUAGGGCUUACUCAGGAUAAAGGAUGAAGUGCGAGGUUUGAGCAGCAGGAGCUCCGAGAUUUGACUGGCAGGGUAAGGGCACUGUGAGCAUUCUGAGCUCCAUUCCAGGAAUGUGAGGAGUUGCAGGGAUGUGCACUGGCUAUCUGGACAUUACUGAUGGUGUCAGACAGCUUACAAAGCAAAGAUAUCUGCACAGUUGCUAAUGGUGUAAGCCAGGAUCUGACUUGCUGCCGGGUUUUCUGGCCCCUGCUGCUCUUACACCAUCGAGUGUGUGUUCUGCUUCCCUGGGGAGUUGUCACCUUUGCUUUGGUAUUGCUACUUUUCUUUUCAAAAGGCCCAAAUCCCCAAGAAUAGCACAUUUCACUUAACCAGGAAGGGGUUCAGUUUUGGUUGAAUUCCUGGUUGAGUUCUCUCUCCUUCACCAAGUGAACUCGUGCUGUCCCUCAGACAGGUCUGUGAGAAAGCUUUGUGCAGGCUCAAAGGCUGAUUUCCAAAGAAAAAGGAACCCCCUCCCAACCUCUGCUGCAAUUCCACACCCAGAAUGGCUAAAACCAAGCAAAACCACCUGAACCACCAGGGAUGCCAAGAAUUAAUGACAGUUGUUACUUAACUAAGAACUCCCUGGAGUUGUUUUUUGGGGGAUGGACUGCAAGGACCUCUUCUUCCCCAGAGGGACUCUGCAGGCCCCCCAGCACUGUACCCCCAGCUGAGGCAGGUGAGAUGGCUGCAAGCAUCAGACACUAAAUCAUGGAAUGGUAAAAUUAAUUGGAAUCAGUGAGACUACAGUGGAUAAUAAAUCCAUUCACUGGAGAAGCAUCUAAAGUAAACUGUUCCCAGUUUGCAGUGAAUGUGUAGCUUGAAACAGCUGUAAAGUCCCUCCCUUGCUGGAUUUUUCUGGAGGAGGUGGGGACCACUCUGGGCUAGCCACAUCAGCACAUUUCCUAAAUAUCUGUAAUUUGAUUAAAUUUCAUUUUUCAUACUUCUUUCCCCAUUUCAGGCCAUUUUAACAAACAAUUUCUAUAUUAUUCACAUAAGUGCCCCCAUCCAGACCAACUGCUUUUUGUUUGAUCCUUACCUUCCAAAUGUUGUGGUCGCACUCUGUGCUUGAUGGAAACACUUUUCCCCUGCUCUUUUAUUUUAAGGUGUGCAAAGCAAAACAAACCCCCAGCAGUAACAGCACUAGAACCUCCCAACAGAGCUCACACCACUCACAAUUUUAACAGCCAGACCGAUCCUGCAGUCCCUUCCUUACAAAACAGGAUGAGGUUGGAAGGGACCUCUGGAGAUCCCCCAGUCCAACCAUCCUGCCCAGGCAGGGCCAUCUGACAGACCCUUCUCAAUCAACACUCACCAACUACAGACACCAGUGCAGCCCCUUCCCCCAGGCUACCAGCAUGGCUUAUUUUACUUAUUUUGGGGGAUUAUGUUUUCAGUUCUCCCUCCCAUUUGAAGCAUUUCCAUAUCAGCAGUGACUCCUAAGCCAGAAGAGGUGCUGUGCUUAGGACUGAAGAUGUGAUCUCUCAAGGAGCUGGCCUUUAGCUAACAGAACACUGUGAUACCUUUAACCAACAGAGAGAAAUGCCUUUUGACUAUAAAUAGUUGUUUUGCAGCAAGGGGGGCACUUUUUGGGCUAGCUAUUUUUUGGGGUAUUGUACAGUUAUUUAAAAAACAAACUACUGAAUGUGUUUAUGAGGUGGGUCUGGGAAUUAGAGGGCUAAGGAUCUUUGAGAAGCAAAAGACAGAAGCAGAUGCUUAAGUACUCUUAUUUUCUAUCUGGUGAGCCCUGGGGACUGGGCUGACUCUAACAACAGUUUUUUUAGGAUAUCAAAUUUUAAUAUCAAAUCUUCAUUUCAAAAAAGCUAUCACAGAAACGGCUUCACACCAGAGCAUAUUUUAAAAUGCCAUUUUACUUCACUGGAUAAAAAAGGUGAGGCUUUUUUUUUUUUUUUCCCCCUCUCCUUGUUUUUAAGUUUUGGUUAAAAACAUAAUGGCCUUUUCCAGGCAAAAGAGCUAUUAUUAGAUGUAAGAAUCUGUGUAUGUAAAGACAGAGUGGUGACCUCAGCAUUUGCCAGUUAAGUGGUAACAGCCACCUCUGGAGAAAAACGGGAGAAAAGGGCAAGAGCAAAAAGCAAAAACAAAUGCUUAGUUUUAUGUACUUUUCUACUUGCAUCUCUCUCAUCUGUAGUGCAAAAAUCCAUGUCAUACCCUCGUAUAACCUGUAAAAAAAUGAAACAAUGUACAUAAUAGAUAAAAUUAUUUAUUUUAUGUGUAUUUUUAGCUUAACUGUAAACUGGAAAAAAAAAAAAGGCAUUUAAUUUUUUCCCAAAAAUGUAAGCCUAUUGAAAAUCAAGGUGUUUCUACCUUUUCAAGAUGUAACAUUUCCAGCUGCCUAUUGAUAAUAAACAUUUAUGAACAGCAACA